AUGGUCCUGCUGGACGGACGCACCAUCAAGUCCACUCACGUCACGGAACUCGACGUUCCCGAUCUCCCGUUAGCCGCCAGAACCGCUCACAUUUUCCCAGGGCUCACAAACGGUUCACUAAUUUCAAUCGGACAGCUUUGCGACCAUGGCUGCAUAGCCACAUUCACUUCUGACGCCGUCACCAUAACUCUCGACAAAAAAGUCAUCCUCCGGGGCGAUCGCUCGGCCCCUAAUCGACUGUGGACUCUCCAUGCACCCAGCUCGACCCCUCCUACCAAGCCGCUUCCUUCACCAAUUUUUCCUGUCGCCAACAACGUCAAACACUCUUCUUUGCUUGCCGAUCGGAUUGCCUUCCUACAUGCAUCCCUAUUCUCGCCUCAGUUGUCAACAUGGUCUGUCGCUUUCUCGGCCACAGACUCAAUCGUCGACAACCUCGACGAAAAUCCAGUUCCAGACGACCCUCCAGCUCUCAAAUCCAAUUUUUUGUACGCCGAUUGCUACGAAACAACAGGAAAAAUCUUUUCGGACCUCACAGGCCGUUUCGUCACCUCUUCCAGCACCGGCAACGCGUACAUGCUGGUCGUAUAUGAUUACGAUAGCAAUUUCAUCCAUGUCGAACCGAUGAAAAAUCGUACCGGAACCGAAAUCCUCGCGGCUUAUCGGCGCGCUUUCGACCUCUUUUCAUCUCGAGGCCUGCGACCCCAGCUCCAACGGUUGGACAACGAGGCAUCUACUGCCCUUCAGCAAUUCAUGGAUGACUCUAGAGUUGACUUUCAGUUAGUACCUCCUCAUUUGCACCGUCGCAACGUUGCCGAACGAGCGAUCCGCACAUUCAAAAAUCAUUUCAUUGCCGGGCUUUGCAGCACUGACAAAGAUUUUCCUCUUCACCUUUGGGACAGGCUACUCCCCCAAGCAAUCAUGACCUUGAACCUUCUGCGUGGCUCGCAAAUUAAUCCUAGACUCUCGGCGUGGGCACAGGUCCACGGCGCCUUUGACUUUAAUCGCACUCCGUUGGCGCCACCCGGCGUAAAAGUUCUCGUUCACGAGAAGCCUACUGUACGCAAAUCGUGGUCUCCCCAUGCCGUCGACGGCUGGUACAUCGGACCUGCCAUGCAUCACUACCGAUGCUACCGUGUUUGGAUCAAUAGCACCACCAGCGAACGCAUCGCCGACACUUUAACUUGGUUUCCAAGCAAAGUACAGAUGCCGACCACUUCGUCACGAGACACCGUGGUAGCUGCCGCCCGCAACCUCGCCACAGCCCUAUCAAAUCCGACUCCAGCUUCUCCACUUGCACCGCUUGCCACUCAGGAACGCGUUGCUUUGCAGCAAUUGUCGACUAUUUUUUCGAAUUUUUCUGAUCCCACAAGCCCACCGGCAGCAAUUUCCCCCCCCUGCUGCCGUGCCACCGCGAGUCCAAUUCAAGGAUUUGCCCACCGCGCCACUUCCGAGGGUGCCACCAAGGUCCACCGGCCCAGCCAAUUCCCAAUCACUUCCGAGGGUGCCCGUUUUUGCUCCCGCGACGGAAACAUACAAGUUAGUCACCUGUAA